AUGAAGUCCAUCAUUCUGUGUCUUGUGUGUGUGCUGGCGUACGCUGGAGGCCAACGGAUCACCACCAUCCAGCUGGACGGUGUGCAGUACUUUAUCAGCCGAAUGAAUCCGUAUUCGCCGGAGCUGAACUACUUCCUGGCCUACCAGUACUGCCGCUCGCUCGGCCUCCAGCUGGCGUCGUUCGAGACAAAGGAGAAGAUGGAAUCGAUGGCGGAGUACCUGCAGAACGCGGGCUACGGCAAGUACGACUGCUGGACGUCCGGCAACCGGCUCGGCACCGGGAUGUUCCUGUGGAUGAGCACCGGCCUACCGUUCAACGCCACGUUCGAUUACUUCGAGAAGUCGCCGGAAACCGUCGGGCUGGACCCGAUGGACCACAACAGCAACACCUCGCCCCAGCGCACCGCCCGCGACAGUAGCAGCGGACUACAGAAAGGCUGCGUGAUCCUGAAGGCCCCGAGCCACCGGUGGGCCCCGGAAGACUGUUCGGCGGUGAAAGACUUCAUCUGCGAGCAAACACGGUGCUACUACUACAACUACGGUAGCAUUCCGGUUUCGUCCGCGCAGGGCCGUCCGAUCCAAACGUCCACUAGUACCGCGCUGUAUACGACGCUCGCUGCAACCAGCACUACGACGGCUACGACCACUACGAGCACCACCACAGAACCGGCGACCACAGUGGCCGAAGGUCGUCAGUUCGUCUCGACACUGCUACCACAGCUCCAGGGCAGCGAAAAAGGGCCCACAUCGCUCGCUUCCCUCCUAAACGGUGACGUCCUCGAGCAGAACCGUACGCCUGGUCCGGUGGCGGCCGCGGAUAAUACCGCGGACGAACAAGAACAGGACGAAGAGCAAGACGAUGAGCUGGAGUUGGAGGACGACGAAGAUAAUGUUGUAGGACGUAGCAGCAGCGCCGGCGGCAUCGCGGCCGAAGAAGAUGUUGAUGAGCAGGAAGAGGAACACCAGCAGCAGCAGCAGCACCAUGACGAGGAAGACGAAGACGAGCAGGCGGCCGAACAGCACCACCAGCAAGCGCUGGCUGCCGGCCAGGAUCCGGUGGCGACAGCUAGUCUGCCCGACGACAUCCCGGUCGAGCAGAAACUGAAGGCGAUCACGAAGGAGAUCGAGCAGCUGUCCGGUGGGGGGAUCAGCGGCGAUCGGGAGCUGCGGUUGGACAACCGCCAAAGCUUCCUGUCGCUAUCGGACCUGAUCAAGAACAUUCGGCCGGCCGAGAAGGUGGUGCCGCAGAUCGACUCGUCGUACGCCAACACGAUGCUUGUGCUUGGCGAGCCUCUCAGCCACGCCGAGAAGAAAAGAUAGGCUUAGGUUCCUUCCAUCCAGCGUCUUGACGUGUUUUACAUAGGUUAGGUUAUUCCGAGGUGCAGUUCGUGUUCUCGAUCGGUAGACGACAAACAGUGUUUUAACUCAUCGCACAUUCCCCAUCGACGCGUCACCCAGUCACGAUGGCAACACCAGAGUACCGCAGUUCUUUCUGAGGACGAACGUCCCUCGUGGGCGCUCUCCGGGUAUUGGAACUUCGAUCGUUCCCUGGCUCGGAGGGUUCCUCGCGAAGGACGACACACUUCUCGAGGGAACACGAAGUCUCCGGCGGUGGUCCAUUGCAUCUUUCAUCCCAACCCGAUUUCGGCAAGACUUUCGUCAAUUUUUGUUUUUUUGCGAACCCAACAAACGGUUCACCGGAUAUCGCCACGACGACGUAGAGUUAAGCGUAACAGAGCAAAAUAUCGUUAGCCUUAGUGUACGAUUUCUUGUGAUUAAAAGCAAACAUAAAGAGCACGAAGGAGAGAGAUCAUUGACAAGACAGAAAGGACAAGACGUUCAGAAGAAAGCCAAUGCAAAACUAAUAGCAUGACUGGCGAUCAAUAGGGAAAUUCCGGCGAGCAAAACAAAUGUAGGUAAGGCUUAG